UCCCUCCUGUUACCCAUUCCCUGAUUGCUCCAUCUGUGUAUUUUAGCCCUGUGUUUCUCUGUGUCCGUGUUGCGAUCUACCCUUAUCUUGUUGUGUGGUCUGUCUGCGUAAGUGUAUUUUGUAUUCUAAGUUUUGUUACCCUUUUGAGUUUAGCAUUAAAGCUGUUUAAGUUCACGUUUGUCUCCAGAGUCUGCACUUUGGGUCCUUUUCCUGCCUGCACACAGCCGUUCCAUAAUAUUGUCUAGUGCUUGUACCUUGUACCUGACGAUUUUCAAACAAAUACUUUUUUUCCCCACUCAUAUAUAAAUCAUUGAAGCACAAAAAGGCACCUAACUCAAGGGAUGAGCCAGUGUUGUGUCACAGAUGACAGAAAAUUUUGAAUUUUAUCUUUAGGCAGUGUCAGUGGUUUUUUUGUGUGUUGCAAAAAUACAUAAUUUAUUCUUGUUUUGUUCGUUGAAUCUGUGAAGAAUGCCAGAGAUUACACCGUUUAACAAGUAUAAAAUAGUAUUUUUGCACUAACAAGAUGAUUUUUAAGAGCUUAUCAUCUUACCAUCUUUGGAGAUGGAUCAACCAGAGACUUGGCAUGUCAGAGCAAUGUGUGGAAUGUCCAUUAAAAAAAUGUGAAAAGUGGUGGAAAGAAGAAGAAGAAACAGGCCUAAAAAGGUCUAUUCAGCAAAUGAUCAGUACCUGAAAGUCCUGUUCUCAAGAAAUGGGGGGGGAAAAAUCUUGACAAGACCUGACGGAGGAUUUGAGAGAUGCAUUUGGCUCUUUAGUUGUUUCAGGUACUAUUUGCCAAAAUCUCAUCAGAAAAAGCCUCAAGGCAAAAGUGUCUGUCACACAUGUUACAAAAACUAUUCGGUUGUGGUUUGGUGGAGAAUAGUUUAUUCAUGGUUUACUAAUAUACCCUAAUAAGUUGAUUUAAAGACUGACUUUCCUCAAAAUGUCCCUGAGAAUUACUGCAAUCCUCUGACUACUGAUCCUAUAUAUAUGUAUUAUUUUCUUGUUUAAUGAUAACAGAUUUUCUCGCACAAUCCUCCAGCAGGAGACCUUGUGAUUCAGACUGCUUGCAGCUUGUCUAUUGUGUGCCAGUGUGCACUCUAAGCAUGUUGCUGACAGUGAUUUGUGUUUGUAGAGCCUGAAUGGGCACUGCUCAUCGAACAUAUUUGACACCCUUGUUUUAUAGAUUCUCCAGUUUUGACUGUGUGCACUAAUGGCUACCACUCUGUUAGAAUAUGUUCGAACAGCCAGGAAAGUCUGAAAGACCUCUUAAAAUACAUCUAUCAUCUUCUUCAUAAUGUGGCGCCCACAGGAGACGCAGCCAUCACUGGAGUUUUCCUUCUGAACAAUGGUUCCAUUUGGACGGGUCGAUGAAUGGUCAUUCAGAGCAGUGUUUUUUUUUCUUUUCUUUGAAAGGCUGGAGAAUUUUAGGUUGAGGUUUAAAAGAAGGACUCCCAGGUCUGUCCACUUCACAUUGGAAAGAUAAAAGCCUCAUGACUCAGAAGUCGAGGAGGAGACACGGUGUUCGAGAGAGACUAAUGUUAGAUGGCAUAAUAAAGACAACCUGAAGGACCUGAGAGCCAUCAUUCGCACAAAGUGUCAGCAAGGUCAUCUGGCUGAGGGAUGGUUCCCUCUUUUCCUGCCUUCAAUCCAUGAUGGAGCUGUCAUAAUGGCUGAAAAAACACUGUAGGACCUUUUGAAGAAUGAACUUUCCAAACCAAUGGAUUGUUUUGAAGGGCAAAGCUGUCAGAGACCAAACAUUAUCACCAACAGUAAAAUCCUUUGGCCUUUCGUCAGUUCAAGGUUUCUGCUUCAGAAGGUAAAGCCAGCUGUGACUUUUCGAGGAGCUGAACUACUGAAGAGUUUUCUCUUCAGCAAAGUUUAAUCAAGUCAUUUUUUGGCAGCUUAGUAUCAAACCACCUGAAACACACACCAGCUACUGGAGGUGACAUGGCUAGAAGAGGAAAUGGAAGCACUGCAAGCAGUAAUCGAUACGAAGUCAAAAAUGGAUGGAAGCUAUCACUCUCAGUCUUCAUAGGCAUGCUUUUCAAUGUCAUUCUAUGCUUGGCCCCCCUAAUUCCUUCAAUGAUCAGUGAGCCUGUCUAGCAAAGCCUGUUUUUGUUGCUUUCAAAAACCUUGAAUAACAUUUUCCAAAGUCAAUUUGUCCAGCUACUUUCGGUCACAUAAACAACAUAUUAAGAAAAACAAACAAUAAAAAAGACCCUAUAAGUUGGAGUAAACACUACGAAGAAUCAGAAUUACUGACAAUGUCACAGUGCAAACAGUUACUCUGCAGGUGGUACAACUCCUAUAUGCUCUCUGACCUGCCCUGUGUUUGGCAGAUAACUUCAGAUUGAUUUCUGAUCCCAUGGAUUAACUUUCAAGCUCUUUCACAAAGACCUUUAAGCGUGUCCUUUUGGAGUUUUAUUUCAGAUAAAACUACAACAGAAAACCUUCUCUUGUUUGCAUGAAUCUUUUAAAUUACAUGUAGACACAGGAAGGAUUGUUUUUCUUUUUUUUUAAAAUCAAAAUGGCUCCUUCAUCGACAUCAGGAGUUUGGACACUACUGGCAGCACUAACUCUACUUAGCUGCAAUAUUUUUAUCUGGUGUGAAGCUUCAAGGACUAGUGGCACAACAACUUCAGGAGAAAGAGACCAAGAGCAAGGACCCUCAUCACUUGAACGUGUAAAGAGAGGAUGGGUGUGGAACCAGUUCUUUGUCGUGGAGGAGUAUACAGGAACAGAGCCUCUAUAUGUAGGAAAGAUCCAUACAGACUCUGAUGAUGGUGAGGGCAACAUCAAAUAUACUAUCUCUGGAGAAGGAGCUGGAUCCAUCUUCAUCAUUGAUGAGCUUACAGGAGACAUACAUGCCACAGAGAGACUAGACCGAGAGGAAAAGGCUUUUUACACUCUUAGGGCUCAGGCCCGGGACCGACUCUCUAAUGAUCCCCUUGAGCCAGAGUCAGAGUUUGUCAUCAAGGUCCAGGACAUCAAUGACAGUGAACCCAAGUUCUUGGAAGGACCCUAUAUUGGCAGCGUGGCAGAGUUGUCACCCAUAGGAACGUCUGUCAUGAAGGUUACUGCAUCUGAUGCUGAUGACCCAACAUAUGGCAGCAGUGCCAGAGUGGUGUACAGUGUACUGGAUGGAGAAAAGUUUUUCACUGUUGAUAAAAACAAAGGAAUCAUCAUGACAGCAGUGGCAGAUUUGGAUCGUGAGACACAGGAUCGUUACGAGUUGGUCGUCAAGGCAACAGACAUGGCAGGACAAAUGGGUGGUCUUUCUGGCUCCACCACAGUGACCAUAGUGAUCACGGACGUUAAUGACAACCCACCACGCUUUCCACAGAAAAUGUACCAGUUUUCCGUGUCAGAGGGGGCUGCUGUCGGGACACCAGUUGGACGCGUCAUUGCCACAGAUGCAGACAUGGGAGAGAACACAGACAUGAGCUAUCUGAUCACAGAUGGAGGGGAGCUCUUCAAAGUCACGACAGAUAUGGAGACACAGGAAGCUGUUGUCUCCAUCAAGAAGCCGCUGGACUUUGAGAACAAACGCACACACAAUGUUGUUGUGGAGGCGGUUAAUAAGCAUGUGGACCCUCGUUUUGUGGACCUGGGCUCUUUCCGUGACCAGACCAUUGUCCUGGUGAGCGUGUCGGACACAGAUGAGCCACCCAUCUUUUACCCAGCCGAUGGCACUAUCAUGGAAGUCCAGGAGGACGCCAAAGUAGGAGCCCUAGUUGGAAUUGUUACUGCAAGGGAUCCAGAUGUGAAGAAUAAACCUGUCAGGUUCUCCAUCGAUCGGACUACAGACCAGGAGAUGAUCUUUCAUAUUGAUCCUGACUCUGGUGCCAUCACGCUGGGAAAGAUUUUGGACAGAGAGACUGCAGGCUGGCACAAUAUCACUGUGAAGGCUGUAGAAGCAGAUAACCACACAAUGGCAUCCCAAACGUCAGUGAGCAUUCGGAUACUUGAUGUGAAUGACAAUCCACCUGAACUGGCCACACCAUAUGAAGCCUCAAUAUGCGAAGAUGCCAAGCCAGGUCAGUUAAUUCACACCAUCAGUGUGGUGGAUAGGGACGAGCCACAGUCUGGACAUCGUUUCUACUUCAAUCUUGCCCCUGAAGCCUCCAGCAAUCGGUACUUCUCCCUGUUGGAUUUAAAAGACAACACAGCUGGCAUCCGGACUCAGCGGUCAGGCUUUAACCGCCAUGAGCAGAACGUGUACUUCCUGCCUAUUCUAGUGGUUGACAGUGGACCUCCCUCCCUCAGCUCCACAGGCACCCUGACCAUUCGUGUUUGCGGCUGUGACACAGAUGGAGCCAUCCAGUCCUGCAAUGCCACAGCCUAUGUAAUGAGUGCAGCUCUCAGUCCUGGGGCACUUAUAGCAUUACUGGUGUGCAUGCUUAUACUAAUAGUUCUUGUUUUGCUGAUUCUAACCCUGAAACGCCACAGGAAGGGCCAGAGGAUGACAGAGGACGAGGAGGACAUGAGGGAUAACGUCAUCAAGUACAACGAUGAGGGUGGAGGGGAGCAGGACACUCAGGCAUAUGACAUGAGUGCUCUGAGGAACCUCUAUGACUUUCCAGAGGCCAAGAGCUGUGACUCUGGCCCAGACAUCCGCUCACUGCCACAGUGGAUACAAGCUAAACGAGUGGGUGGCAGUGGCGCAGAGGCAGCUGCUGCGGCAGCAACAGACUUUUCCCUUUUCAAAGGCUACAUUCGAAAGAAGGUGGAGCAGGCUGAUGCUGACCUGUCAGUGCCACCAUAUGACUCCUUCCAGACAUACGCCUUUGAGGGCACCAGUUCACCGGCGCUUUCGCUAAGUUCCAUUCAUACACUGUCCACCACCUCAGAACAGGAUUUCUCCUAUCUCAGCGAAUGGGGACCACGCUUCAGGCAACUGGCAGGCUACUACGCACCAGGAAACCCUGAGGAGGAAAGGUCCUAGCACAGCUUCUUCUCAGCAGAGACACUUUUAAACACCCUCUUCUUCCUCCUACUUAUCUCUCUCCCCUUCUCACCCUCUGGCAGGCUACUGAGAUCAGAGCCAGUCUAUGUACUCAUUAAAGUCAGAGUACCACCUCUUUAUCUCUUUAGCAAAAUUCCCAGUCUCAGACUUUGAACUCCUUUGAGAAAACUUUGAGAGGUUUUUUUUUUUUUU